AUGAAAGAAUCGAACUGUCACAUUUUACUCAUCCUUGACAAUGCCACCUCGCAUAUUGCUUGUGCUCUUAUUCUCAACAAUGUAAAAAUCCUCAUGUUGCCCAAAAAUGUAACAUCAAAAAUACAACUCAUAGAUGCUAGUAUCAUUGCAUCAUUUAAACUUUACUAUCGCUACAUGCAACUCCAAUGCACAAUUGAUCGUGAUGAAGCUAGCAUCGAAGACAUAGAAGAAAACUUACUUGUUGACCCCAAUGAUGAAUUAGAGGUAAAGGAACUUCAGCAGCAAAUUGAUGCCUUGGGUGUUCAUAAUCCAAUGCCGGUUGAAGAUUUAUUAAAUAUUGAAGAAGAACGAGAAGCACAUCACCAGUUCACUGAUGAAGACUUGAUUCAGGCUGCUACAGAAAUUGAACAGGAAAAAAAUAAAAUUGUAAUAACACCUUUAACCGGAAAAGAACAAUUGAGAAUUUUAUGUGAUGCCUUGAGAAUUGUUGAUGAGAGGAUCGAUGAUAGUAGAGUAACAAUAAAGUCCUUGCACAAGCUGCAAUCCCAUAUUUGUGAGAAGGUUCAAAAGGAGAAAGCUGAGAAACAAGUCCAACUUAGAUUAGAUCAAUUCUUUAAUGCUUAA